GAACUUGAGCCAUGACGGUUUAGAGAGAAAGAGCUAGAAGAGAGUUUUUUCGAAAAAAGCAACCCAAGAGAAAGAGCAAGAAACCCUAAUCGAUUGCACGCGCUGAUUCCCACCGAUAAUCUCUAAAAUGACGAGUGAGAGUUCUCGUUCUUCGUCGCCGUCGCCGUCUCCGUCGCCAUCUCCGUCGCCGGGCGAUACGUUCAUAGGGAGCUCCAUCAGUCUAAUUUCUAAGUCCGAGAUCCGCUACGAAGGCAUUCUAUACCAUCUCAACGUUCACGACUCUACGCUAGGUCUCAAGAACGUAAGAUCUUGUGGAACGGAGGGGAGGAACAAAGAUGGGCCGCAAGUUCCACCGUCUGAUGCUGUUUACGAUUACAUUCUUUUCCGGGGUAGUGAUAUCAAGGAUCUGCAAGUUAACCCUUCUCCAUCAAGAAAGGAUAUUCAAAGUGAAAAGGACAUCAUUCAGCCUAGACCAGCUGUGAGCUCUCCGCCUACUGGAUACGAUAGUGGUUAUGGUUUGGGGAGAGGAGGAGGACAAUGGGUCCAUACACCUGCUUUGACUAAUAAACCGAUUCUUACCACACAACAUUCACCGGUUCCUUUGGGUGAUGGAGGAAGCUUGUCAGAAUCUCCAGUAAGCCUUACAAAUACGUUUCAGGCAACUCAAAGUAAUGCUGGUCUGUCCGUGCCUAUGCCUUCUUUUGUGCAAGGAAACAAACUAGCUUCUACUGGAGUCCCUCUUGGUACGAGGCACCAGACAGUUUCAUCAUCCUCUUCGAAGCACAAUGAUCAAGCGCAGAUUGUAGAUAUGUUUGCUUCACCAAUUAUGGGAUUAGUAGAUGAUACAACGAAGGUUGUUACUCAUACACCCGACGUUGCUUCUACUCUAGCAUACUCUUCUAACCCUUCUCCCCUUGGUCAAGCACUACACCGUACUCCACUUGGCUUUGCCUCUUCACCCUCCAGCCAUUCUCAACUUUCUGAAGCUCAAGUUUCUGCUCCGACUAUUCAGAACACUUACCCCAUUGCACCCCAGGCUGUUGGUAAAGGUGUCUAUGACUCUCAGAUAAACCAUCCUAACCAAUCAAUACUUUCUAGUUUACCAGAUGUGACUUCUGAUUUGACUCCUGGUCCUUUAUUGAACUCGCCUGAGUUAUUCUUUGGCAAGGAGCCGAUUAUGCAAUCUAGGCAGCAGAUGGUCAACAGGGGUCAAGAGAUGUUUGGUGCAAUUAACCCGGUAUCAGUGGGUGUGCCAACUCGAAGUCUUGCUACUACAUAUCAAGCGCCUUUGCUGCCAAUUCCGGUUUCAACUCGUCAGUCUUGGAUCCCUAGUUCUAGCACUGAGUUCACUGAAGAAUUUGAUUUUGAGGCAAUGAAUGACAAGUUCAAUAAGAGUGAGCUGUGGGGCUUUCUCGGAAAAAACAAUCAAGUUAAUCACAGGGAAGAGACUGCAGUUGAGCCAAGCGAUGAAGGGAAGGCAAAGCCUGCUUAUAAAAAAGAUGACUUUUUCGAUACAAUCUCGUGCAAUCGACCUGACCAAGCGGCAAGAAGCGGACAACAACAGCAAAACAUCCAGUUCCCGGAGCACAUGAGACGAGACCCUCAGGGUUUUGGUAACCAUUUCCAAAGGCCACUUCAACCACAACCGGGUCAGGGUGCAUAUCUAGCUGCACAAACCAAUUACCAUGGCGGAUAUAACAACAACUACUCAAACUCGGUUUAUGGUUACAACUCUGGUGCUGGGAGGGGCCGAGACAGAAACACACAGUUCUAAACUGGUGAAUUUCUGUCUUCUUUAAAAAGGGCUUUUGUUUGGUCACACUCUAGCUAGCGCUUACUUUUCUUACUUCUGUUUUUGAUUUCUAGCUUUUAGGGUAAAAAACAGUUUUAAUGGUAACCCAUAUCUCAAGAUUGGUAGGCAUAUCAUAUUGGCAAGUUCAUGUUCCCUUUUUUCUGUCAUGAUGAGCUUAAGCCUGAGGAGAGAAUGUUGUUGAUUCUCCUAUGUAGAGAAAAAACAAACAAAAAGUACUAUUUGAACCUUUCGGUAUUUGCAAAUCAUUAAAUAUAUAAUA